AUGGCUGUGCUGGAAACGAUUCGAACAUAUGCAGAACUUACUCCUAAAGAUUUGGUGGCCAAUUUCGUUGAUGCAGCAAUAACGAAAGCGAAUGGUGCUUCUGAAGAUCCUUCUAAACAAGCUCGAAUACUGGAUAUCCUAUGUGCGAUUUCACGAAGUGCUGAUUGCACUACUUUGGAUAAGGUCAUGGACACCAUAAUUCCUUGGUUUGGGAUGGAGGCAAUGCAGAAAAAGGCGUAUCGGAUAAUGGAGGAGAUUUUGGCAAAAAGGGCUUCACCUGAUUUGGAAUCGUUCUUUUCAUCGAGGCUGUCAGAUUUCGAAAACGCGUUGUUACGUCCUAUCGCAUCUGUGGUGCCUCCUGCUCGAGCAGGCUUCUGUUCAUCCAUUCAACUACUUCUCGAUUCAUUUGCUGAUCUUCCGAGGUUGUCCGAUUUUUGUCUGAAGACACUCGAUGCUGUAGUUUUGUGCUUGGACAAGGCUAAUAACACUCAUACACGUUCUAAUGCCAGUAAAUGUCUGCAGUACAUGUUUAAGAAACUAAUUGAAGUGGGAACAGAGAACGAGCAACAGAUAUCAGCAGUUCUGAGCGGUAUAUUAGCAAGAAUUUACGAAAUAGCAACACCAAGUGGUGAUUCCGACAAUGGGGGCGUGGAAAUGGACAUAGCUAGAUCAACGUUGGUGGCCUUCAACAUAAUAGCUCAAAAAUUACUCAGAGUUUUAAACGGAGGACAUAUUUCACGUUUGGUUGCCCAUGGAUGUGCAUGGAUAGGAGAUGGCCGGCCGCCUGUUCGAAUACUAGUUAUCAGAUUACUGCGAGUACUUGUACAGAAGAUGCCCGAGUAUGCUUUACAGCAGUAUCGUGAUCUAAUACUCAAUUCAGUAUUUGAAGGGCAACUAACAUGUGAUGUCACCUCCAAGGUUCGCAAAGCAAAUCGUCUGCUACUGGAGGUACUUGUUGCCAAGUUUGGUGUAAAUGUGCUGCUCAAAUAUACAAGCAAGCCUGAGUGGGUAAAGCAGUUGAGGAAUAUCGAGAAAAUAAAUAGGAGAAAAGAACGGCAAGCCAGUGGUGGAGGAAACGCGAAGGACAGUGAUGAAGAGAAUAGUGAAGCGGGUUCACGAAUGACUGCUCGAACUGCUGGAGCUGACACUAUAUUAAAGCUACUCGAGGAUAGUGAUGCCUCUGAAAGUGACGGUGAAGGAGAGUUAGCCGAAAUGAAGAGUCGCACCGGCAGUGUUUGGCUAAAAGAUGACGCAGAUAUGGGCGAAUUGACUGAUCUGCUUGAUAGGAAGAGUAUGAUCCUCAAACUCUUGAAGGUUACCACCACGGAUCCGGCUCAACUAGCAAAACGUAAAGCGAAGCUGGUGGAGAAAAAGAAACAGGAUACUGGAUUCAAAAUCUCGAAGGAUGGAAAGCUAGUGAUUGUUGACAGUGACGAUGACAAUGAACAAAAGCGGAAGCGUAGAAAGCGAGGUGGUGAUUUGGAGGAUUUGGAUGACGACUUCCCUCUCGAAAACAAGAAGAAAAAAGAUGACAGUGAUAUGGAAACUGAUUCUGAGGAUGACAAUAAAAAUAUUAAGAGCGCCAAACAUUCAACCGUGAGUGGUGCAUCCACAUGGCGUCCAGGUGGUCAAGGAAUACAUCGCGAUACUUCAGUAAAAAGUGGCAAGAAUCGAAGUGCUAAAGGCAGUGGCGAUAAGAAAAACCAGAAACUUCAGCCCUACGCCUACGUCCCGUUGCGACAGAAAGGAGCAAAGCAGGACCUUGUAAAAGUCUUAAAGUCGCAGCGUAAAGCAGGAUCAACGAAGAAAACAAAAAAACAUUAA